UUCCUUCAAAUAUGAUAAUAUUAUAUAUAAAAGUAGCGUCAACAGAUGAUAUUUCAUCAAUGGGGACGUCUCCAGAGCACGAGCGCCGCUGGGCCUUCGACACACUCCCCGGAGCAUCCGUCUUGAGAUCUGGGACGUCUCCCGGCAACGAAUCCAACUCCAGUGACGAGUUCGUCCAAAUCACCCUUGAUCUCCAAGACGAUGAAAAUAUCAUCAUCCGCAGCGUCAAGCCGGCUACAGUCAGCAAUACCGAGCUCAGACGCUUUUCUCGGAGCUAUGGCGAGGGGGCUAGGGCUUUCCCGGCUACGUCACCGCUGGCGACGGCUCAGAAUGGAGGUGGAUUUGACUCGGUUCUGGCAGCUCGAGGGCUGAGGAGGCGGCACGCUCAGCUUGAUCGGACUCGCUUCGGCGCCGAGAAAGCGCUUCGUGGCUUACGAUUCAUCGGCAACCUGAACGAUGGCUUCGAUUUAUGGAACGAAGUGCAAAGUAAUUUCGAUCAGCUUGCCAAAGACGGUUACCUUCAUCGCUCUGAUUUCGCUGAAUGCAUAGAUGUUAUUGAUGGAACUAGAGAUUCGAAAGAGUUGGCAGUGGUGCUGUUCGAUGCUUUGAGCAGGAGAAGGGGAUUGGAAGUUGAAAAGAUUAGCAGAGAGGAGGUUUACGAGUAUUGGUGUCAAAUCACCGAUCAAAGCUUUCAUUCUCGCCUACAGAUCUUCUUCGACAUGGUGGACAAAAAUGAAGAUGGUAGAAUCACGGAAGAGGAAGUCAAAGAGAUCAUCAGGCUAAGUGCAUCAGCAAACGACUUAUCCGGAUUAAAAGAAGAGCCAGAGGAAUAUGCAGCACUCAUAAUGAACGAGUUAGACCUUGAAAGACUUGGCUACAUCGAGCUGUGGCAACUUGAGACACUGUUUUUACAAAAGGACACGUACCUAGAUUAUAGUCAAGAAUUGAGCCAGAACUUACAGAGUAGCUGCGUACAGAGACUGAGCAGAAAGUUGAUUUAUUAUUUGCAAGAUAACUGGAGAAGAAUUUGGGUGUUGUCAGUUUGGGUGAUGAUCAUGAUUGGAUUGUUUGAGUGGAAAUUCUUUCAGUACAAGCAAAAAAGUGCUUUUAAGGUGAUGGGUUAUUGUCUUCCCACAGCCAAAGGUGCAGCCGAGACACUCAAAUUCAACAUGGCACUUGUCCUCUUGCCUGUUUGUAGAAACACCAUUACCUGGCUCAGGUCCACCAAAUUCAGCUUCUUUCUCCCUUUUGAUGACAAUAUCAACUUUCACAAGAUUAUUGCAGCAGCAAUUGUAAUUGGUGUAAUUCUUCACGCUGGAGAUCACCUCGCAUGCAAUUUUCCCAGGCUUAUAAAUGUGUCUUCUGAUAACUAUAAUCACUUUUUGAGUAGAAAUUUCGGUACCCAUAAACCAACGUACUUAGACCUUGUUAAAGGUCCAGAGGGUGUAACAGGAAUCUUAAUGGUGAUCUGCAUGGCUAUUGCAUUCCCAUUAGCAACAAGGUGGUUCAGGCGAAGACAGAUUAAUCUUCCAAAGCCCUUUGGCAAAUUUAUUGGCUUCAAUGCCUUCUGGUAUUCACACCACCUGUUUGUCGUUGUCUACAUCCUUCUCAUUGUCCAUGGGGUUUGCCUUUAUCUUGUGCACAAGUGGUACCUUCAGACGACAUGGAUGUACCUUGCUAUCCCAAUUUUACUGUAUGCUGGAGAAAGAACUCUCAGAUUCUUCCGCUCUGGCUCCUACACUGUCCAAAUUUUGAAGGUUGUCAUUUACCGCGGAAAUGUUCUGAAAUUGCAAAUGUCUAAGCCUUCUCAGUUUCGGUACAAGAGUGGACAGUAUAUGUUUGUUCAGUGCCCUGCUGUUUCUCUAUUUGAGUGGCAUCCAUUUUCUAUUACCUCUGCUCCCGACGAUGAGUACCUGAAUGUUCACAUCAGGACGCUAGGUGACUGGACACUAAAGCUUAGAAGGGUAUUCUCAGAGGUGUGCCAACCUCCUGAAGCUGGAAAGAGUGGACUUCUAUGGGCUGAUGAAACAACAAAGACAAGUUUGCCAAAGCUCUUUAUAGAUGGGCCUUAUGGUGGCCCUGCACAAGAUUAUAAGAAGUACGAAGUAGUGUUACUUGUUGGUCUUGGAAUUGGAGCAACACUCUUUAUCAGUAUCUUAAAAGAUCUUCUCAACAACAUUGAUGAGCAUGCGGAUUCAGACUCAGAUUUAAAUAGGACAUCAGACCUGAGUGCGGGUAGUAAUGAUUCCAGCAAUUCCAAUGGAGUUUCUCCAAAAAAGAAAAAACAUGUGAAGAUCGCUAAUGCUUACUUCUAUUGGGUAAAUAGGGAACAAAAUUCUUUUGAAUGGUUCAAAGAGGUGUUGAAGGAAGUUUCAGACCUUGAUCAAAGGCGUGUGAUUGAAAUGCAUAACUAUGUGACUAGUGUGUAUGAGGAAGGGAAUGAACGGUCGGCACUUAUCACCAUGGUUGAGGCACUAAAUCAUGUCAAUAAUGGGGUUGAUAUUCUUUCUGGAACUAGGGUAAUGCUAACAACAACCCUCCUUUCAUGUUUCUUCAUUGCUAUGUUCAUUAGAUACUUGCUUAAUACAUAUCCUUCCUUUUUCCUUUUUCUUUUUUGUUAAUGUGUUGCUUAAUACUUGCUAUGUUCAUUAGAUACAAUCUGUUUUCUGUUGAAAGUUGAACUCAAAGUAUUGUGUUUAUUGGAUGGAUUGGAGUAGAAACUCCAGUUACAAACUAACUUAUCAGUUAUAGAAACAGAAUGUUAUAACA